AAGUGGGGAUUCAAGAUCGUCGAUGUUUUAUGAACGUUGUUUUGAUCUGUUCUGUUCGCUCUCUGGUUUGAAUAGAGAUGAGAGAAAUAUACUGCUGUAUUGAUUUCUACAGUUUGAUACAAAUACUGGUCUCAAUUGACUCUUGCAAACAGCCUUUUAUACGCGGAAUUCUGAUGCUGUUGAUGAACUUGAAUUAUUCAAUUUCUUGAAUGUGCACCCUGGUAACGUUUCACGGAAGUGUAACGCAAAAAAAAGGAUAUCUACGGAAAUUGAUUGACGAUAGCUAUAUGUUAUUUAGUCAGUUGGAUAACGUUAGUUUUGGAAAGUGACAUUAUUUUCCAGGAGAAAGUACAUCACUGGUAGGCACUAAUGUAAGUUAGAUGAGUUAGCUAUUUAGACAGUCAUUUAUACAAAAGCAACGUAACGAAGCGUUACCCUGGCCUGAGCUGUUCAAUCACUGAGACCGACAGCUCUAGGCUAGCUAGCUAACGUUAGAUGGCGCAGCCGUCAACAAACGACGUUACCAGACAUUAGAUAGCCUACGACGUUACCAUAUUUUUCUGUCAGGCAAGCAUGUAACUUGAUAUAAACUACAAGAAGGGGUUCCCGCUGCCUUUUGGCGCUUCACACUGCCGACAUUGUCUGGUUCGAUAGACUAGUUAGCUACCUAGCUAGCUACCUUAGAUAGCAUGAGUAACUUGAAUAUCUCAUACAGUAAUCAAGGCAAAACGAUGGCAUCUCAAGGCGCGUGUCGCAGUGGGACAGGUGUCUUUUACCAAGCGAUGCCAGCUGUGGGAACUGAUGGGAGAAAUGUUAUGAAACUGAUCCCUGUUCAAAAAGUAAACGGACAGUUUGUUCGAUCACCAACAAGCACUAUGAGGGACAUCUCUGAACCUCAACGAGAUCUUACCUUGGAUGUGCCAUCAAUUUCGAAGAUUAACAUGUCUACUCUGGGACCCACAGCUAAAGGACAAUCGGUGAAUAAAAGGUCAUUUUACAUGAGUACCUCUCAAAAUCCAACCAAUCUGACAGGAAUAUAUAAAUCAGUGAGCAUCCAGACUCCUAUAGUAACAACAAAAGUAGCCCAAAGUGCAUCCUUGACAUCACCUGAGCUAACACUUUUGAAUAAGGAUCAGCUGCCAGUCACUGUGAAAUCUCCAGCGCUUCCAAAUGGACAAUAUCUUCAAAUUCCUCCUAAUGCUCAAGUGAAAACCCUUCCAGCAUCCGCACUCCCCCCAGCCAUAAAGAGGCAGAUAUUUACUUCAUCAACCAGCUGUGCCUCAAAUUCGAAUUUGCCAAUGGUUCUUUAUGUGUCCCCUGUCCAAACCAUGAAACCGGGUGGUACUCCAUUAUGUCCAACAUUUCAGAAGGCACCCCUCUCCCUCAGCCUACUUCCAAGGCCAUCUGGCCAGACACAUUCUAAAUGCUCAUCAUCAGGCUCAACACCGUGUUCUACUACUGCUAAGGAUGGCAAAAGACCGGUCACUCCUAUUAAGUGGGUGAUUGAGGAGGCAGAUGGCUCACCUGCUCAAUGCCUUGUUCCUGUGAAUUCCUCUUCUAUGACCUCAGAUAUUUUGAAAACUCUGGCAGAGAUGGAAAAAGCCACCAAACCCUGUGAAAACGCAGCAAAAAAGUGUUCACCUUCCCAAGAGAGUCAGACAAGAAUUGGCCAAGAGAAGGACAAUGCCUUAGUGAUGUACAAUGGGAAGGUGUAUUUUGUUGCCAAGAAAACCCCUGAGCUUUGUAACCGACCAUCAAAGCCCUUGGAGGCCAGUAGGAACAUGGGUGACUCCACCACACAGGCAGCAGAAAGUGUUGGAUUCAAUCAGAGAAUCAGCUUACCACCCUCCCUACCCUUAAGCUCCUCACUUGGAUCACAAUUUUCAAAUAAAACCAGACCAGAUCCUAAACACAUUGUUAUACCAGAUGACAUCAUUGACCUCUGUGACGAUGAUCCCCAAGAUGACCUUACAUAUCAGGCAGUAUCAACAAGGGACGUAACAAGGCAACCUUUCAGACAGUCUGAAGUCGAUGAGGAUGAAGACUCCAAUGUAAUAUUUGUCUCAUACCUUCCACCCAAAACAGUGUCUAAAGUAGCUGAAGAAGACAAGGAAAUGGCUCAUAUGCUGAAUGACUUGGAAGCUGAACAAGAAGUGUUAUGCAGUCAAGAUCAUUUGAAUGGCCAGAUAAUGGAUAAUCAGAACAAAGUAUCUGGCCUGUCAAUAGAAAAGUGUCAGAGCAUUGCCACUGCCCAAGACAUGGCAGGCUGUCAAGGUAAUGCAACAGGCCAAGAGUUGAACUCCCGCCAGCAUAACAUCACUGGUCAGUAUAGGAAAAUUCUUCAAAGAUUUCAUGGCCGUGCAACUGGAAUCCGAAUAGAGAACAUUCAGGGUAAUGCCACGAGCAAGGAAAUGGGAAGCAGUCAUCCCAGUGCCUCAACCCAAGAAAUGGGGAAUGUCCAGGAUGAUGCCACUGACCAGGGAAUUGGAAACAGCCAGCACCAUCCUGCCACGCAAGAAAUUGACAACAUUACUGGAAGUACCUCUCUCCAAACAGAAAUGGAGACUCACAAAGAAAAGAGCUCAUUAGAUCCCAUCCCUGAGCAGCGGAUUUCUGUGUUGGACAUGGGAUCCUUGGAAACUUGUGAUCGCCUGCUGAAACAGAUGUUUGGGAUCACAUCUGAUGUGAAAAUAUGUUUGGAGAGGAUUGACGCUAAACCCAAGGCUAUCCCUAAGGCGUUUCCUCGGAUUGGGACCACAAACAAACGUACCAUAGAGGCUAUUCGCAAAUUGUUACAGGGAUCAAACAUUUUGAUAAAAAAGAGGGAACACAAGGAAACAGAGGUCUCUGCAACUAGGAAGGAUGGUAGUUGCCCAAUAGAUGCUAAAAGACAGAAAAUAGAAAAUGUUAAAAAUGCAUCUGAAAGUUUAGAAAACACAGAGCCUCUCACCAGUCCAACUCCUCAGCUGGAAAAGCAGCCCCUCACCCGUCCAACUCCUCAGCUGGAAAAGCAGCCCCUCACCAGUCCAACUCCUCAGCUGGAAAAGCAGCCCCUCACCAGUCCAACUCCUCAGCUGGAAAAGCAGCCUCUCACCGGUCCAACUCCUCAGCUGGAAAAGCAGCCCCUCACCCGUCCAACUCCUCAGCUGGAAAAGCAGCCCCUCACCAGUCCAACUCCUCAGCUGGAAAAGCAGCCUCUCACCAGUCCAACUCCUCAGCUGGAAAAGCAGCCCCUCACCAGUCCAACUCCUCAGCUGGAAAAGCAGCCUCUCACCAGUCCAACUCCUCAGUUGAAAAUGCAGCCCCUUGCCAGUCCAAGUCAUCAGUUGAAAAUGCAGACCCUCGCCAGUCCAAGUCCUCAGUUGAAAAUGCAGACCCUCGCCAGUCCAAGUCCUCAGUUGAAAAUGCAGCCCCUCGCCAGUCCAAGUCCUCAGUUGAAAAUGCAGCCCCUCGCCAGUCCAAGUCCUCAGUUGAAAAUGCAGCCCCUCGCCAGUCCAAGUCCUCAGUUGAAAAUGCAGCCCCUCGCCAGUCCAAGUCCUCAGUUGAAAAUGCAGCCCCUCGCCAGUCCAAGUCCUCAGUUGAAAAUGCAGCCCCUCGCCAGUCCAAGUCCUCAGUUGAAAAUGCAGCCCCUCGCCAGUCCAAGUCCUCAGUUGAAAAUGCAGCCCCUCGCCAGUCCAAGUCCUCAGCUAGACAUCUUAUCUGAUGCUGAACAUAUAUUUGGCUAUGAGGAACCGACUGUCAAUUAUCUAAUUUCCACCGCAGUUGAAACAGGGGUCCCUUCCAAACCUCUGCCAGAAAUCAAUCCAGUACAUAUUUCAAAAAGAAGCUCAAACUCACCCGUUCCAUCUGUCCACCCACAAACAAACGCUGAAGCUAUGGAUUGCGCUCCUGGGCCCUUCUGUGGCACAGCAAGCAACAUAAAGCCGAACUCUAGAAGAAGAAGGGGAAAAGGGAAAAGAUGCACAGCGUGUCCGUGUGGGGUGACUGGAACACUAGUACAACAGAAAGCAAUGAGCUCAUCAUCCAUUUCACAAGAGGAGCCUAGUUCAUCUAAACCACCAAACACCAGGUCCUCAGGGAGCAGUACCUUCGCAAUUGCAAAAUCAGCUAAACGAAAGGGUAGAAAGUCCACAAAGGCUCAAAUGGAAGAUAAAGAGCUAACAUCUGUGGAGAUCCAAUGUCCUUCAACUGUGAGUGAGCAGGGAAGUAGUACGGCUGGAGAGAUCCCAUCCAGUUAUCUCUGCUCUACAGCACUCAUGGACCCUGAAGAAAUCAAGCGUCAUGAGAGAAUCAAACGACUGAAAGAACUCUUGAAGGAGAAGGAGGCUGCUCUUGCAAUGAUUAGAAAGAACAUGGGCUGAGUUGGACUGAAUUGUUUUCCAAAAUCCAAUGUGUUGCAUUGCAUAACUUCAGCCUUGUAGAACUCUUAUUUGAGUUGUCAUAUUUACAGUUAAUUCAGAAAGUAUUAUCCUAAAGUCGAUUAAAUAAAUAAAAAUCCUCAUCAAUCUACACACAGUACCCAAUAAUGACAAAGCGAUAACAGGUUUUUAGAAAUGUUUGCAAAUGUAGAAAAAUGAAAAGUAUUUAGACUCUUUACUAUGAGACUCGAAAUUGAGUUCAGAUGCAUCCUGUUUCCAUUGAUCAUCCUUGAGAUAUUUCUACAACUUGAUUGGAGUUCACCUGUGGUAAAUUCAAUUGAUUGGACAUGAUAUGGAAAGGCACACACCUGUCUAUAAGGUCCCACAUUUGUCAGUGCAUGUCAGAUCUGGGGAUGGGUACCAAAAAUGUCUGCAGCAUUGAAGGUCCCCAAGAACAUAGUGGCCUACAUCAUUCUUAAAUGGAAGGCGUUUGGAACCACCAAGACACUCCCUUGAGCUGGCCAAACUGGGUAGAAGGGAGGUUUACAUUAAUGUUACUACAAAUGUAUUAUUUAGUUGAAUAUAUCCAACGAUUUUGUGCAAUAGGACUUGUAUAAUGACAACUUAGUAUAAAAUGUGUGUAUUUGGCUUUUUGUGAUGACUGCAUUUGUAAGCACUUUGUAUGCUAUCAAAAUAAUAAAGUCAAGUACGAGUCACAUUAACACGUGAACUUUGGCAGCCCUAGUCUGAAUACUUAUUUAAAUGUUAUUGGUUUUUUUAGGUUUAAUACACUUGCUAACAUUUCUAAGUCUGUUUUUGCUUUGUCAUUAUGGGGUAUUGUGUGUAGAUUGAUGAGGGUAAAAAAAUAUAUUUAAUCAAUUUGAAUAAGGCUGUAUCGUAUCAAAAUGUGGAAAAAGUCAAGGGGUCUGAAUAGUUUCCAAAUGCAAUGUAUGUCAUGUUUUAUUACCUGCAGGAAAUGCAUUUCUUUUCUGUAUUGAAUGUUUAGUCCCAAAAUACAAUAAUUCCAGUGAUAACAUGUCAUUUACAUUUUUAUGACAAUGUUCCGAGGUUUUCCUGUUUUGUUCUAGAGGGGUAGGUAUUGAGUAUGUUGAUGCAUUGACUAAGCAUCUUAAGAUAUGUUUUCUGAAAAUAUUUCAAUUUUACUGAUUAGCAUUUUUACAAUGUUUGUAUUUCUGCUUUUGCACCUAGGUUUUCUAUUUGUUCUGCAAAGAUUGAUCACAAUUCUAUCCACAAAAUGCAUGCAGAUACUUGUUGGCUCCCUUUCAGAGUAAUUUAUUUUAUAAUGGACUAAUGUAAUAUUAACAUAUGGUUAGGUAGGCAUAAGUGUUUUCCUGUCUACGAAUAAAAAUAUUGUAACUAAAAAAAUGUAAUAAAUAAUAUUGUCAGUAGAUGGCAGUGUCGUUGGAUUCUAUGGAGCUGCAAGAGGAACUGCCCCUCUUCACCUUCAGACUCUGCUCUCCUCUCUACACCCCGACCCAAGUACUUUGACCUGCCACUUCUGGUCUCUUGGCCAUCCCACCCCUACAGGAUGGCAGCUCCUGCUCAGCCCAGUCCAUCUCUUCUCUGUCCUGGCACCCCAAUGGUGGAACCAGCUUCCCACUGAAGCUAAGACAGCAGAGUCCCUGCCCAUGUUUUGAAAAUGAACUGUUUAAAUAAUCCCACUGCAGCCCCCUGUCCCCUCCAUCCAAGAAAAGCCUUUCAUGACCUAAGACUCGCACUGCACUCUUCCCUCUUACUAAUCAAAUGUAUUUAUAUAGCCCUUCUUACAUCAGCUGAUAUCUCAAAGUGCUGUACAGAAACUAGCUCUGACUUUGCUGAUAGCUAUGAGCAAAACUGUACUUACUGUGAUAUGGGGUUGUCCCAACUAGCUAUCUUAAGAUGAAUGCACUAACUGUAAGUCGUUCUGGAGAAGGGCGUCUGCUAAAUGACUCAUGUGUAGGCCUGGACUCACUCAAUGGAACAUGGAACAGAAGGGUGGUUGGAGAAUGACUAUUUUAUUGAAGUUUUCUACAUUUAGACUCCAGGACUGUUUUGAAAGGCUUGAGUAUAUUUUACAGAACCUGGUGCACAUAUUCUGAAAAUCCUCAGUUUAAUAUAGAGUACUUUUUUGCUUUAUAUGUGUUUUGUAUUAAAUAACAUGUUUACAUGUUACUACAAAUGUAUUAUUUAGUUGAAUAUAUCCAACGAUUUUGUGCAACAGGACUUGUAUAAUGAAAACUUAGUAUAAAAUGUGUGUAUUUGGCUUUUUGUAAUGACUGCAUUUGUAAGAACUUGUGCACUAUCAAAAUAAUGUACAGAGCUUGCUAAAAUGAAAGAAGUGAUACACCCAAGUGUAGGGCUAGUGUAGACUAUACCUAAUAUGUUUUAUAACUCACCCAAGAUAGACAACAGCCUUUCACAAUGGACAAAAUAAGCAAGGAGGUGGGCAGAGCCAAGCUUGAGCUAGCGAGAGCCUAACUACAAGUAUUUGCAUAUUUCCGUUAGGGAACGCCUACUCUGCAGUAACUCAAUAUGCCCUUGUACUCCUUCUGAGCAAUGCUUUUUGAAACAUUGGCAAAGGGUAAAGUCUACAAAACUAAAUCCACUCUGUUCAUAACAGAUUCUAGUUUUGGAAGCAAAACUUUAUUGAGAUCAAAUGUUUCAUCGAUAAGAAAAGUAAAGUCUUGGUCAGUA